AUGCAUCCGAGUGAAGUGAGGAGUCGAGGAGAUUUGCAAAGUUGCAUCAUGCUCUCCCGUUUGUGCGUCGCUCGCUCAGCUUUUACAGUUUCACAUACUUUAAAAACCCCAGUGCCGCAAAGAUUUAUUCCGAAAAACUAUGUAGUAAGGAAUUAUGCACGCGAUCCUCGCUCUAGAGUAGCUACCCGAUCACAACCUACUGUAUGGGAAAAACUAAUGGCACCUGCUGGACCCAAUGCUUUUAGCUUGGGGAAAGGAGCUUUAGCAGGAGCAUCAGCAAUAGGUCUUGUAGCAUUAUGUUAUUAUGGCUCUGGAGCUAAACCUGGCACAUUACAAGAAGCUCAUUUAUGGCCACAAUAUGUGAAGGAUCGCAUCAAAUCUACAUAUGGUUAUAUUGCGGGAUCCCUGCUGUUAACAGCAGGCAGUGCCAUUACUGUCUUCAGAACACCUGCGCUACUUAAUUUAGUGGCACGUAAUGGAUGGGUGUCAAUCAUAGUCACCAUGGGGCUUAUGAUUGGUUCUGGUAUGGUGGUUAGAGGCAUGGAGUACAAACCAGGUUUUGGUGCUAAGCAACUUGCUUGGAUGGCACAUACUGGCAUAAUGGGUGCUUGUAUUGCACCUAUCUGUUUCCUUGGAGGACCUAUUCUUGUCCGUGCUGCUUGGUACACAGCAGGUGUAGUGGGUGGCUUAAGUACUAUUGCAGUAUGUGCACCGUCUGGGGAGUUCUUAAACAUGCGAGCACCUCUUGCCAUGGGAUUGGGAGCAGUGUUUGCUGCCUCUCUAGCUGGCAUGUUCUUACCACCAACAUCAGCUCUUGGAGCAGGACUAUAUUCUUUGAGUUUGUAUGGUGGCCUCAUUGUGUUUGGAGGUUUCCUGCUGUAUGACACUCAGGCUAUUAUUAAACGAGCGGAGAUGCACCCUGUUUAUGGCUUCCAGCAAUAUGACCCUAUUAACUCAGCAAUUUCUGUAUACUUGGACGUACUCAACAUCUUUAUGCGCAUUGCGAUGAUCCUCUCUGGAAGCGGCGGAAACAGGCGGAAG